UGGGGAUGGAGAGGGUUUUAUGAAAUAUUCUGGCAUUAAAUUUCCAGAUACACAGCAUUCCUUGUAUAAAAAGACAAUGAACCUCAAAGAAUGGAGAAGAAGAAGAAACAGAAGCUGACUAAGAGAUUAGCAAAUAUGUUGCAUACUCGACAGCAAGACCGCAAUGAAGAAUGCCAAGAUGGAAAUCUAGAGCUACCAUUAUUUAGUUUUAGUACAAUAGUAGAUGCCACCAACAACUUUUCUGCUGCUAACAAGCUUGGAAAGGGUGGUUUUGGCCCAGUUUAUAAGGGAAAAUUUAUAGAGGGGCAAGAAGGGGUCAAAAGGCUUUCAAAAUGUACAAGACAGGGAAUCAAAGAGUUCAAGAAUGAAGUAUUAUGCAUUUCCAAACUUCAGCACCGCAACCUUGUGAAGCUUCUAGGAUGUUGCAUUGAAGGCCAAGAGAGGUUGUUGAUAUAUGAAUACAUGCCCAACAAGAGCUUAGACUUCUUCAUAUUUGAUGAACAACAAAGUAUAAUUCUGGAUUGGCCUAAGCGCUUCCACAUUAUCAGAGGGAUAGCUAGAGGGUUACUCCUUCAUCACGAUUCCAGACUGAGGAUAAUCCACCGUGAUCUAAAAGCUAGCAAUAUUUUACUAGACUAUGAACUGAAUCCGAAAAUCUCAGAUUUUGGCAUUGCUAGAAGUUUUGGAGGAGAUGAAACUGAAGCAAAUACAAAGAGAGUGGUUGGAACAUAUGGUUACAUGUCUCCGGAAUAUGCAAUUGAUGGUGUCUUCUCGGUGAAAUCUGAUGUCUUCAGCUUUGGUGUGUUGGUACUUGAGAUAGUGAGUGGAAAGAAAAACAGAGGAUUUUCUCACCCUGACCACAAGCUUAACCUUCUUGGACAUGCCUGGAGGCUCUUCAUAGAAGGCAAGCCAUUUGAACUAGUGCAUGCAUCUAUGAAGAACGAUAACACCAGCAAUAUGUCAGAGGUAUAACGAUCAGUCCAUGUGGCUCUAUUAUGUGUGCAACAGAGUCCAGAAGACAGGCCUAAUAUGUCAACCGUGGUUCUGAUGCUAAGUAGUGAUGAUAUUACGCUGCCACGUCCAAAACAACCAGGCUUCUUCACGGAAAUGCAUCUUUUAUGUACGGCUUCCUCUUCAAGUCAGCAUGAGAGUUCUUCAUCCAACAGACUAUCUUUUUCACUAGAGGCCCGAUAGAGUUCAAUUUUACUUGAGGCUUACCGAGAAUAUAUUAAGCUAGCUAGCUGAUGAUGAUGAU